CGGUGGCGAGUCCGUGGCGGGACGGCGAGCAGGAGCGCGGAGGGCAGGGAGGAGCCGUAAAAGGCGGCGGAGCGGGAUCUCGCCGCGCUGGGGACCGCGGGGCGCCGGCCCCGCCCGCGCGAUGGCGAGGCGGCCGUGGGGCGCGCCGGGAGGGACCUCCAAGGGCAACGGCAGCGCGCUGCUCGAAGCCUCGCAGCAGGCCCCGAGCGGCGGGGAGGGCGCCCGGCCGCGCCCCUUGAGGCUGGCCUCCAGGCUCGCCCUCGUCCUCAUCUUCACCAUCGUGGUGGACAUCCUGUCCGUGUAUCGGAACAAGAAACUGAGGAACGCAGAUGGUGAUUCUAGUUUAAUGGUGUGGUGGCCGAACUGGGGAGGCGUUUCGAGCCCAUCCCUGCGAUGUCCAGGCACAGCUUGGGGGUAGAAGUUUCUAAAGAGCUUCGUGGGAGCCAGAUAAAGACGGAUGUUGUUGGCCAUUCUUGAGAAAAGAAGGUAAAAAACAAACAACUGGGAUGGUGAGUACAAAUGCUGCGACAGACAAAAGCAUCUGGAGCCAUGACACUGUCAAUGUUACUGUCUGCAAACAUCGUUCUAGGGAAAAUGUCCCUAAUACAAGCUGUACAACAGAAGAAACCAUAUUUGGAAAGUCAGUUCACCAGUAGCAUCGGUAAAGGUAAAAUCCCACUCAUGGUAUUUGUAAAUUCCAUAUAAAAAGUUUGUUGGGGAAUGAGGGAGGGAUGAAUAGGCAGAACACAGAGGAGUUUUAAGGCAGUGAAAAAUACUCUGAAUGAUACUCUAAUGAUGGAAACAUGCCAUUACAUAUUUGUUCAAACCCAUGCAAUGUACAACUCCAAGAGUGAAUCGUAAUGUAAACUAUGGACUUUGGGUGACUGUAUGUGUGUCAGUCUAGGUUCGUCAGUUGUAACCAAUGUACCAUCCGGCGGGGGUCGUUGGUAAUAGGGGACGCUGUGCAUGUGUCUGGGCAGCGGGUAUAUGGGAAAUCUCUAUCCCUUCCCCUCAAUUUUGCUGCGAACCUAAAAUUGUACUAAAGAAACAAGGUCUUAGUAAUUUUUAAAAGUUAGUU